AUGACACUGCAACGAGUGACCACAUUGUGCGGCAAUCUGCAAAUGCCCACUGCAUCAAAGAACAAAAACCACAUGGAGAUCCAACCUCAACCAAGGUUAGACUACCUCAAGACCGCAGCACAUAUCCUGGAUCUCCAGUUCCACGCUGCCGAGGGAAUGGCAUGGUGGGACUCGUCGCGCCGGAGCCUUGGGGCUUCACAGAGAUCCAAAAAACAACAUCCUGCUGUCGUCGAACCUCCAGCCCCUGCUCCUAACGGUCCUCACCAAAAGCCUCGCCAUAUCGACACACACACUGUCCCGCCUCACUUGACCAUGGAACUGGAGAGGGCCCUGCUAUCGCCCAUUACAGAGGAACAGCCCGUUGUAGCGACACUAGCAGAGGCAACAAACACCGGCCCUCUCGUUGUCCACGUCCAUAUCCAGUUCCACGACCAGGACCUUCACUCCGUCACUCACAGCCAGACAUAUGUUAGCUCGCCAUACUUCGAACCUACGGGGAGGAUAUGCAAUGGCUUGCUUCGCCGCAUCGAGCACUGCUCCGAGGAGCUCAUCACCCGGACCGAUCCCACGGCCCUUGACAUGAUCAAGGAAGGGACUCACGACCGUAAGCCAUUGCGCUUCGAACUCACCUAUCGCGUCACUAGAGCUGGAUGGAUGGGGGAAUGGGCCGUCAGGACGUACAGGUCGUAUCAGCAACGGCCCUUGACAGCCGCGUCGGCCAAGGAGGUCAUCAUCGCAAGUCACAAGACGAUAGGCAUGUUUUUCCGACGACAUGACAGUGAUUUCCGAUGGUUGGGGGGCUCUGUUCUCGAUGCGACUACCGAAACCGCCGAAUCUUCUCUAGAUAUCGAGGUCGCCUUCCGACACAGGAACCCACGACGACUUAUUCUGGCAUUCAAGAGGGUAGUCAAGGUUUACAGCAAACAGGCGACUCCUCUUACGGCCGAGAUGGGCAGAGAUCUACUGGCCAACGGAGCGGAGGCUAUUAAUCGCAGCUUAGGUCUCAGGAAACAGAAGCUCGAAAUUCAUGCGCAGCAAUGUACAACGAUGACAUGCCAGCAUCGCGACAAAACGGCCCUCAACAUCGACGUGAGGAUAUCAAACGGAAUGGGGCCUUCUCACAACAACCUACAGCGCAGCAUAAGAAGCUGUCUCUCGUUAUUUCACGAUUCUCAUGGCGAAGAUUUUGUACGAGAUGUUGCGGAGUCCCUUGCAGAUGUCACACAGGCCGUCGACACUCAGAUCAACCAAACGAACGAUUUCGAAUUUACGAUAGUCGAGUUGAAAGGAAUGAAAUGGUCAGUUCAGGAACCAGCGACAUUCACAGUGAACGCUUCUGCAUCGCACGAGCGACGAGACAUCCAGGCGGUUUUGGACCGUAUCCAGACCGGCAUCGGCGAUGUUCUACAGGGGCAUAACACAGCUGUACGUGUCAACGCACGAAAACGGGGACAUCUGGUGUUCCAGGAGGUGAUACAAACACAUGAGAUACCCGGAAGGUUAAAAGAGACUUUCCAAUCACCCGAGGAGGAACGGUCUGUCCUUACAUCCCGACUUAAGGAACGAAUACAGAAGGAUAUAGAUAUGAUUUUCAAGGACACCUGCUCAAUCGACGACAUUGCGCUGGAAGAGGAAGAGAGACACUCUCACCCAAUCGAGGUUCCGCGCUCGCCGGGUCUCUCAGUUGAGUGGCCUGAGAGACAAAACGGGCCGUCACUAGAAUUUCCCCCUUUAUCGGCAAAGACUUCCACCGAGCGAGUCAACGACAACCCAAUAUCUUUCGUCAAACGAGCAUUCUCCCUCAAACGCCGUUCCACAUCAUCAUUAAGGCAAAGUCUACGGUCUAUUGCUAGCAGCAGAUCCAGUUUGAACAGCCAAGAUGACACCUAUUCUGUUAACAUUCCACAUAUUCCCGAUAUCCCCGCGAGGCCGGUAUCUCCCACUCCGGCAACAUCAACAAAGUCCUCGAAGAAAAGGUUCAGCCUCGGCAAGAAAAUUUCCAACAUGUUCAAAUCGAAAGACUCCAAAACCGACUCGAAAAGCGAUUCGAAGAACGAUUCGAAGAACGAUACCAAAAGCGAGUCGAGCUCUAAGCGACGGUUUUUCAGGUCAUCCUCCUCAAAAAGUACUAAUCCAGCGCCUGCAGCACCUGCAGACCCAAAGUUGAUGCGAGCUCACACCACCAUGGAAGCAAGCGGCGGUCGGACGCUGCAUCGCCCUACGCGUUCGAUGACGUCGAAUCCAUUAGGUAGCUAUGACGCCACUCAUGCCGCAAGAGGAUCUGUUGAACACCCUCGACCCUUCCAAGCAGCAACCCCAAACCUGGCGAACAGGCACGGGUUUGCAUCUAAAACUUUCGAGACAUAUCUACAACCGACAGAACCGCGAUGGUCUGUUGAUCGUUUGGAACGACCCGUAAUGGAUACUCCGCAGCUCUAUGAGGAUGCCAAAGAGUUCCCGCACCAACUGCUCACCCCGGGGCUCACGACACGAAGCACCGACACCCCUAAUUCCUUCCAUUGGUUGGUGAGCCCCGGAGCCGAUGCAUACUCUACGGCACCGUCGACACCCGCAUUGAGUUUAGGUGGAGGGUCUUCGCCAAGGCACAGCUUGCUAAUAAGCCCGAUACAUGUGAGGCAUCCGGAGUUGAAAGAUAAUACUUCGAGCGAUUUUGAACCUGAAUCCGAGCCCGAGGAGCCCGAGGUUGGGACUGGGGCAACUGCGGUGGGCACUUCGGUCGCGGCGGAGACGGAAGAUUUGGAGCCUCCGGAAGAUGAAGUGCGAUCCAUAGUAUUCGCGCCCCAGAACUACACUACACAGCCUGAACAAGUAGCCGACGGGUCCGAUGAAGAAGCUGUAAAGCCAGAGUCUCAUGAUGCCAGCGCAACGGCCAUCUCGGUAGAAGACACCACGGCUGCGCCGUCGGAUUUGUACAAAACAGAACCGGAGCCUAUAAUAUCGGGCGAGACAUUGGCUUCUGAGAAUCGAGAGCUCGGAACCGAACCUGCACCACUGUCCAAUGAGACUGCGCCUGAAGAGUCGGACUUCCCCAACCCUGAUGUCCGUCCGCCGCAGCCCAGCCAUGAGACAACGGUCUCUGUGGAUGCCCGCGAUGCAAAUUCGGAAACGAAGUCGGCUCCAGAUAAUGGGGCCGAAACGAAAAUUGCUCCCGUUGUCCAGAAUGAAAAUAAGGUGGUUGCGCCUGAGACCGACUAUUUCAAGGAUUUCGAGUCUCUUGCCGAAAGCAAACCGACCGCGGAUGUCAUAGGCUCCGAUAUUAAUGCGACUGAAGCAAACGGCCCCGGCUCUCCGGUUGAUAACCCUGUCGAUGACCUCAACGGCCUUGUUGCGGAACCGGCGAUUACCCAGUCCGGGCCCGAGGAGGACAAAACCGAGCAUCAUGAUGACCAUAAAAUCGACUCCCAAGAAUCCGACGUGGAGGAUGUGACCACCUCCUCUACCGAGGCGGUUGCUCAUGAUGUCCAGCCAACUGUGAACCAGUUUCAAUCCGGUCCCGAAGAAAAGGCUGCUGAGCCGGAUAACCAUGAGGCUGACGCCGUCACAAGCGAAACCCGUCUUGAGCCCCCUUCAACGGAUGAAGUCAGCCAAGAUCUUAAUGAUAAUGUUUCUGAAGAUGAGGAUGUCCGCGCGCCUUCAGCGGACGAAACAAGUCCUAUCGCUGAGCUUACUGCUCAGAAGCCCGAGCAAGUGCAGUCCAGCCCUGAAGUAGAGGCACCCGAAGCAGGGGAAGAUAACAUCAAACUCCCUACUGAGGAUCUGAAGCAGGAUGGGUCCGUGGAUUUUCCAAGUGACUUAUCCAAGCCUUCGGUUAUGGAUCACACUAUCUCCGAAGCAUUAGGGGAGCCCGCGGAAGCCAGGGAAAACAUGGUUCAAACGGACACAUCAAGCGAGGAGUCUGUCUCCGAACAUGACAAGGAGUCCUCCGAACUGGCAGAGGAUGACAGUAUCUCGCCCGCGGAGUUCCAAACACUCGUCGAAGAUCAAGAGGAAGAAGACAUGAUCAAUACCCUCGCAUCACUUCACAUCUCCAAUACCGACAAAGCUACGGGCGCUCCAUGGACAAGUGCCGUCGGUCCCGCAUCAGAGCUUCUUGAGUCCAACAGUCAGCACCUUGACGGGAGUGCACUGGUGGCGCACGUAGAGAUCCCUGAUCUUGAAACUCGGGAGCCAUCGGGUGUAUCAGUGCCCGUCGAGUCCAAGGAAGAUGUUCACUUCGAUCAUGACACAUCCGAGAUCCCCGAUGAAAUACCGAGCAACCUCAAGCAAACGGAUUUGGAGUUUGAAGAGAAGGACUGGCCUCACUCGCCGGUAGACAGCAAUUCCUUCCAACCUUCUGAAGCUCUGGACUCCAAGUCUGAGGCUAUUGAUGUCUCUGAGGGCCCUGAAGUGGCGGCAGAGUCUCCCGAUAUCCAGGAGAAUGAUCGUAACCACAUCGCCCCCGAAGCUCCUCUUCCGCUUGAGGAGGCUCCCGAUGCUCAACAAGUCCAGAAGCCGGAGGUGGCCCUACCAGAGGUUGACAGGGCUGACGAGCCAGUGGCUGUGGCUGUGGCUGCUGUAGAGCAGACUCCUGAUGCCGAGGAGGAUUACGAGCUGUCAUUUGGUACGGUUGAAACAGUGGCAGAUAUCGAUGCUGUCGAAGCUGUUGAUGAUGUCCAGCACGUCGAGCACGUUGAGGAUGUCGGGACUACCUUUGAAGCCCCGGAUUCACAAGAAGACGAAGACCUUGAGGUCAGCGCCACUGAUCCCGACGUGGCCGCUCAAAAUGUUAGCGAUUAUGAGGAGCGGGACCAGCCUUUCGUUAGCACCUCAGACGUUGUUGAGCGUGGCCAUGCUUGUGAUGAGGUCUACGAUAAUUGGGAUGUUGACAUUGAGGAGAAGCCUCACUUCAAUGAGAGGGACACCGAGUAUCGUGAUCCCACUUUUCCUCAAUUCUGGCCCAAUUCUUCCUCGGUCUUCAUUCCGUUCGCCCCUCAGGAGGCCCUGGACAAUGACACUGAGCUCUUUCAUCCCGAUUCUAUGUCCACCAACGACGUUCCAAUUCUCGGCGUAGAGACGGUUGAGUAUCGCGACCCAAUUCUACCGCAGUUCCGUCUCAACGAUGUCCUCGAGACUGCCGCUCGUUCUUAUGCCGUUAGUGAGGCUGCAGAGGAGGGCUUUGAGGCUUUCGAACCUACCAAAGCAGUUAGCGGUCGUGUGGAAGAAAAGGCCAGUUACCGCGAUCCCACCAUGCCCCAGUUCCGGCCUCAUGUGCUUCUGCAACCGACGCCCAUCCCUCUGGUCUCUCAUGAUGAAAUGACUGAGGAUAGCAAUGCCUCUCAACAAGCCGUGGAAGCAUCCAAGGAGGAAAUUUCACAUCGGGGCGAGGACGAGACUGAGUACCGUGAUCCUACAAUGCCUCAAUUCCGGCCUAAUUCCUCUGGCUUUGUUCAGCGCCCCUCGGUUUAUGCUGUGAUGGCGGAGACGGAUGGAUAUGAGGAGCCGCCGGCUUCACUCAUCGAUGAGACCUCGGUCGAGACUCUCAAGUCUAGCGAGGACGAUUUCGAUUAUCGUGAUCCUACAAUGCCCCAAUUCCGACCUAACUCAUUUGGCGUUGUUCGGCGCCCCUCGGUUUCUGUUGUGCUGGCAGAGACGGAUGGAUAUGAGGAGCCACCAGCUUCACUCAUCGAUGAGACCUCGGUCGAGACUCUCAAGCCUAGCGAGGACGAUCUCGAUUAUCGUGAUCCUACAAUGCCUCAAUUCCGACCAGACUCAGAUGCUGAAAGCAUGCCCAUUCCCUCCGUCUCUGAUGACUCAGUCGAUGAGCAAGGAGAGCAAUCUGAUGUGCCCGCUGAAGAUGACAGCGAGGAAAGCUCUCAAGGUGAUCGAAGCGCCGAGUACCGUGACCCCUCUUCUCAAGGUGAUCAAAGCGCCGAGUACCGUGACCCAACAAUGCCCCAAUUCAAGCCGAACUGGGACGGUCCGGAGUUACCUCACCUCAGCCAAACUGGCGCUGAGCAACCGACACAAAAUAACGUUGAGCUGACCAACGUUGGGCCUAUUGAGACUGAGAAGGGCGAGGAUGCAACUACAGAAGUCCACGCAGAAGAUACAGAUUCUCCCGAGCAGCUCGAUGAGUCCACUCAGCCUGAGCAUAUCGCAACUGAAGCUCCUGACACUGAACAAGUUAGAGACAUGCAGUUUGUGGAGGUAGAGCCUCCUGAACACAUCCAGCCUGAUGCUGCCCCUGCUACUGAAUCUGCGGUCGACACUCAUUCCGUUACUGAGGAUAAAGAGGCCGAGGUUGAGCCCAGUGAGCCCGCGAACGUGGACUCUCGACCUCUGUUUCGGCCAGCCCUUGAGCAAUUCCAAGAAAACCAGGAGGAGGAGCUCUCCCAAGAUCAGUAUGACACUCUUUUGGAGCCGGCUGACCUUAGGUCCGCUACCGAGGAUGGCAAGAUUGAAACCGGCGCCACUGAGCUUGUUGAGAGUGAUUCUGAGUCUGCGUCUGAGCCAGCUUCUGAGUCAACUUUUGAGCGCAUCCCAACCACCGGAGAGGAGGAGCUUUACCAGGAUCAGUUUGAUGCACUCUUUGAGCCGAGAGAAGAGCACAAUCUGCGAGUGGCUUCGGAUGAUGCAGCGCUCAAAUUCCCGGAAGUCUCAAAGAUCGGCCAGGUCGAGUAUCGCGACCCAACGAUGCCUCAGUUCCGACCAAACGUCUUCCUUCCGUACCGCGAUCCCACCAUGCCUCAAUUCCGGCCUAACGCAGUCAGGAUAAUAUCUCCGAUCUCUGUCCCUGAGAGAGUGCAAGAACCAAUCGAGGAGCUCGAUCCUGACUACAUCGUUGAGCGUACCAUGGAUGUCCUUGAUCAGCUUGAAAGCGAAGAGAGAGCGGGUCUAAAUGAAGAAGUCAUCGAACACGCGAUCGAUCUGUGCGAGCAAGUUCUUGAGCAAUUUGGCGCCGAGGCUGAAGAGACAGAAGACCUUCUUGAGCAGCUCGAGACCGAACAAACCGAGCGCGCCAAGGAGUUGCUCGAACAUACUAUCGAUGAACAUGCUCCCGAAGAAGCCGAGGAUAUCCCUGAGCAAAUUGAGGCCGAGGCUGAACAAACAGAGGGGCUUCUUGAGCAGCUUGAUACCGAACAAGUUGAGCGCACCAUGGAGCUAUUCAAGGAAGCUAUCACCGAGCAUGCUCUUGAAGAAACCGACAAUGCCCUUGAGAAAAUCGAGGCCGAGGCUGAACAAACUGAGGAGCUUCUCAAGGAACUCGACACUGAGCAAACCGAGCGGACCCUUGAGAUCGCCCAAGACCUCGAGAUCCAGCACUCACUCGAGGAAAAUGAGAAGACGCUUGAGCAGCUUGACAACGAAGCCGAACGCACUGAAGAGCUCCUUGAACAGGUCGAUGCUGAGCAAACGGAGAGGGUCGAAGAGCUCCUCGACCAGCUUGAGACAGAGAAGGAGAUUGAGCAAAAUGAGGCAAGCCUCGAAGAGAUUGAUGCCGAGGCCGAAAAGAAUGAAACGCUGCUCGAGGAGCUUGAUGUCAAGCAACAUGAACGCGCAGAGGAGAUCCUCGAGCAACAAGGGUCUCAGCAAGAUGUCAACCCCACUGCUGCGGACGAAUCAACAGAAGAGCCCAUCAACCCCCCAGUGGCUGAACAAGCAAUUGAUAUCCCUGAAUCGUUUCUGGAUGAGUUCCCCGAAGACAAGGAGCAAACCGCCCCCUCGGCUGUCCUUCCUGCCGAAGCUGCGGUCGCGGAGGCUGCUGCUGAGGUGCCACUUGCGCCCCACGAAUUGGUGUCAGCGCCAUCCACUCUUGGGCGCGCUGAAACCGGUACCACUGAGAUGCAAGAUACUCCUCAACAGCCUACUGUCGCCGUGGUUGAUGAGGCUACUGUCAGUGAGCCGAGUGUCAUCCAGAAUGGUCAGCUUGAGCAUCCCGGGAUUGAGCUCGCCAAUCUCGAAGAUGAAGGUCUCGAGGAUGCUGAUAUGGAGUCCGAUGUCCCUGCAGUUGAGCCUACUAAUGGCCCUGUCAUUGUCAAUUGUGACACGUGGGUUGAGCAUACUGAUCUUGGAGAUAUCGUUCUGGAGACCCCUGCUUCUGUUGUUCAGCGAGUGGUUGAGGAGAUUUCAAGGCAUGAGCCAAUCCUCCAACAAGUCCACCCAGAAUUCCCCAACAUCGAGCACGCCAACCUUGAAGAUGAAGGCCUUGAAGAUAGCGAGUUGCAAGCAGACGUUACUGCCGCUGAACCCGCGGCUGAGCCACCAAUUGUGGUCAACUGCGACACCUGGAUCGAGCAUGCUGACGUUGAGGAUGCUGGUGUUCAGGUCCAGGUGCCUGGUGUUGUGUCUUCCGGUGGGGAGACGACCAUGGGAUCGAUCGUGAUCCCUGUUCAAUCAUCGCACGAAGAAAUACCUGCUGAGAAGUCUGACACUCCUCUUGCUGAACCUACGCCCAUGUCUGAGUGUGUCGCUAAACCUGAUCUUGAGAAUCUGGCUGCCACUGAAUCUCAAUCCGAGCAAGAGACCAGCACCAAUGAGCCGAAGAUCGAUAGCGAUAUCAACGAGGAUGAGCCUUUGGCUAGUCAGGUUUCGCAUGAGCAAGAUGCGGAUCUUGAAGAGCAAGACACUCUUUCCGAAGUGGUUGAUCGAAGCUUGGGUGAUGCUCCUGGCGCUGAAGACACAGAUGACUCGACUGGCGAUGUGGAUACAAGCAAUACCGAUGGGUCUCUCAGAGUCGAGUCGCUUGAUAACCUCAUUCGAUCCGCGGAGGCUGUUGAGAAGAAGCUGAGAGAACUCCCUGAAGCUGAGCCUGCCACUGGCGAGGAUGAGAAGGCUCAGGGUGAGGAAGUGACACCGGCUUUGGAGCCAGUUGAGGAGCCGUUGCCCCCGGCACCCGAGGCGAUUACCGAGGAGACCGGAGACUUUGACAAGAUUCCGCUUGCCAUCCCAACGUUUAAACAGGAGGAUGUGAUCGCGGAACAGGAAAUGCUUCAAAACAUCCCAGCAGCUGCCCUUCCUGAAGCAGCUGCCCUUCCUGACCUGUGUCUCCUUGAAGAGAUCGCCCCCCACCAGCCAAUGUCUGCCCCAGCAAUCAGCCUCGUCAUCGUCACUAAAGAGCCAUCAGAGCCAGCCCAGCAACUGUCUGACAUCCCCAAUCCCCGUCAAGCAAUCGGAAUCAGUCCUCGGGGCUCUGUUGACACCAUCCGUGGCUCUGAUGUUGACGAGGAGGAAGCCCCUGAACUAUACGCUCCUCCUCCCACAGCUGGUUUCUUCGGCUUCCAUCACUAUCACGAGAACAAGUGGACUAAGGUCGGCUUGCUCGAAGUCUUGAUCAACUCGACCUCUCGUCGCUUCAGUCUUCCCCUUCAGUCAUUGUUGCGUCGCGAGCAUAGGUCCGACGCUCGUGAAUAA